ACAUAUGCGUAAUAAGUUCCAGUUUUAUAUUGAUGUUUGACCUUGGCACAGGUGACGCACAAUAUAAACCGUACGUGACUGCCCGACCUGAGAUGGCGACUGUGGAACUGGACGGUGAUGAGGACUUCGUUGUGGUGGCAUGUGAUGGACUCUGGGACUUUGUUAGCGAAGACAAAGUUGCCUUAGCUGUGUAUCAGCAACUGGCCGCUGAUCCAGAUGACUUGAAGGCGGUGACGAAACGUCUGAUCGCGCAGGCGAAGAGGUACGGCUCCGCAGACAAUAUAUCUAUAAUCGUGGUGUUCCUGAAGGACCCGCGUAAAAUCGCCGCUGACAAUCGCCCGCCCAUGGAUCUUGGGCUGGACAAUCCUCUGGCGAACGCGCCGCCUUUCGGUAUGGAGGCCGAGUCGUGUAAGCGGCAGUUGACAGACGCCGCUGGCGACGCUGAAGCCGAGGCCGAAUGCGCCGACGCCGAAGCCGACAACGGCGUUGAUCACUCUGACAGUGACAGUGAGGAUCUCGGUCCAGAGACCGCUGUCGACGUAGACGAUUUCGACGGAGACGCUCGACCCCGCGACCCGACGCCCCCUACGCCGCCUGCAGACGCUGUGGAGGAGGGCCACGUCGAUGGUGCGCUGCUAGAUAAUGUAGCUGAGAGUGGCGAGGAAUCAGAAGACGAGUGGAAUUAUUUCAAAGGCGAAGGCGAACGCGAGGAACAUAACCGUAGCGAAGAGCCGGAAGAACAGCCACGCUCCGAAACAGCCUGCCAAGACAAUUCAGCUUGGGAAACAAGCUCAGUAGACAUGAAUAGUUCACCGCUAAACCCCGAUGCGCCUGUGUUUGUACCCGGCUCAGUAGCCGGAAGUGAUGUGUUGCUGGCAGAGUCACCUCGCAAGCCUGUGCCUAUGGAUGAUAUUGAACUACCAGAUAUAGCGCAAUUUGAGACCGGAGCAGUUGUCAGACCAGCAGAAUUACUAGAUUUGGAUAAUUGUGAUCAUCUAAAUGGUCAUCAUAAUAUAUCAUUGGAUGAAGUAAAAGAACAGUUGAAUGGGAACAAUAAGUAUGAUAACAUGGAUAGUUUAGGCUUUGGAUUCAGUGUUGGCACGGAACCUGAUAAGGCAACAGAGACAGGCUUAAUACAGGACUUUGAAAGAAUACAAAAAGACACUACAGACUUUUGUAAUAUACAGGUAUUCCAGGCACACACUGAAACAAAUCCAUUUUCUGCAGAAGAUAAUGAUGAACUUCUUGAAAGGCUAAAAAAUAAGGAACGGGAUCCCAUGAGUAUGAGCUUUUAUCAAGAAAAAGAUGAUGAUACUUGUGAAAGGUUAUCUAAGAAUGAAUUGCAUGUGGACCUCAAUGCUGUUCAACCCUUACCUGACAGUGAUGAUGAAGACAUCCAACCAAACGGUGUUUGUAAAAAUAUCACUGAAGAUGAUAAAGAAAACGUUAGUCCGGAACAACAUUCAGAUCUAUUAGGUAUCGAGAGUGAAGCAUCAGAACCAAACAAUGAUAUAAUGAGGUUCGAUGAAGGAAAAGAGAAUGUAAAAAAUAAUUCCACUCUCAAUUUUGGACAGGGUGAUAAUUUCAUGGAUUACAAUGUAAACGGCAGUAAUAUGCAAGGAUAUUCUAAUAUUGAAUUUGAAACUAGUAAUGUACCACAAGAUGCUGUGAUACAUACAGAUACACCUGAAUCUCACAAAUUAUAUUUUGAACAGAUACCAGAAAUACCAGAUGGUAAAAGUUCGGAAUUAGGUUUUACAGCAGAAGAUUUAUUAGAUCAAACGGAAAGUGAAAAGGAUGCAAGGAUAUUGACACCACAAGAAGAGAUUUCACAAGAUAUUGAUAUGGAAAACAGAAAUGAUGACUCUCCAUGUAUUGAAGAACAAUCACACUUUUUGUCCAAAGCAGAGGAAGAUCAGAACCCUGAAAUCUUCGAAGAUAAUAAAGAUGAUGACAUCAUUCCAGAGUCAGAGCUUGUAAAAGAUAAUACUAAUGAUUCUUAUGAGCGAUUGCCAGCGUCACCCCUACCUGUGGAGGAUACACGUGCAGAAGUCAUAUCGCCUGAAGUAACACAUAAUGUCGAAAACAGUGUCGAAGUAGAGGUUCACCAAAAUUCUGAACAUAAACUGGAUGUCGAUAGCAAAGAGCACAUUCCUCAGCAGGAUAUAGAACAGGACACACUAGACAUAAAAAUAGAUUCUGAAGAUUUAGCUCCAGAAGAGGAAAUCAUUCAAGUUUGUACCCGGCCGAGUGAGUCGCCGAUGCCUGCGGAAUCACCUCUUCCAUCUUAUUCUCCGCUGCCUAGCGAGACGCACCUUCCUGCCGAGUCACCACUUCCCGUCAAUAACCUUUUGACGGCAGAAUCUCCGGACCCCGCAAUAUCAGAACCAGAAUCGUCGAACAAAUCGCCAGUACCGAAAGAGUCAGCGGAACUUUCACAGUCACCUUUGCCAGCGGAAUCUCUAGCGCUGUCAAAAUCGCCUUUACCGGUCGAGUCUCCUCUGCCAUCGGAGUCCCCUCUUCCUGCGGAAUCUCCACUUCCAAUGGAGUCUACUCUGUCUGCAGAAUCACCUCUGCCACCAGCUUGUAAACUACCGAUGGAAUUUCCUUCUGCGGAGUCUACUCUUCCGGUAGAAUCUCCGCUUCAAGCGGAGUCUACUCUUCCAGUAGAAUCUCCGCUUCCAGCGGAGUCUACUCUUCCAGUAGAAUCUCCGCUUCCAGCGGAGUCUCCCUUGCCGGCACAGUCUCCCUUGCCGGCCCAGUCUCCCCUUCUUGUCGAAUCGACGACACCACAGCCCGACGCAGUCUCCCCAGAACCUUCUCUAAUCUUACGGUCGCCUGAACCAGAACAGAUUCUUGAACCACCGUCGCAAGCGGCGGAGAUCACACAGUCUUCUGCGAUUUCGCAGUCCCCGGUGCCCGCCGCGGACCCGCCCGCCUCGCCGCUGCCCGCCGACGUUCCGCUGCCGAGAGAGUCACCGGCCCCCGCCUCGCCUUCACCCCGUCCCGCGCAGUCGCCUUCGCCGCGGGCCGAAUCCCCCGUUCCCGUCGUGUGCUCCCUCCCCGUCGAAAGUUCGAUACAGAGGGAGGCGCCGCCGCCGCCCGAAGAGUCCGUCGAAGUCUGUCGGCCGGAAACCGCGUCUCCGCUCGCCGCCGAGCGAGUGGCGCUCUCCCCCGCCCCCUCCCCGGCCCUGCAGGAGAGGCUGUCCCCCGAGGUGGCCCAGGAAGUGUUCGCCGACGAGGCGAGCGCCGGCCCCGCUCCUGACAUAGUACCUGACGUGCCGCGCUCCGAACUCGUCACCGAUAUCGACAUCGGCAUCCCCGAGUCGAGAGCGCAGGAGAUCUGCGUGCCGGUCACCAGCGAGAUCCGACCGGAGGACGGUGCCAUACCGCCGCCGACGCCCGCAGCCGCGCCGCCCGCCGCCGCUGCCACCCUCAGCGACACACCCAUCGCGGCCGACGUCGCGCCGGCCGUCGUCGCUGCCGCCGUCGCGGCCACGGCCGGAGCCGCGGCGGUCGGAGUCGCGGCCGCUAAGAAAACUAUCGCGAAGAAGUCCCCGACGACGCCGACCGCGAAGCCGGCCGCGAAGACUCCGGCGCGAACAACUCCCGCCGCCAGCCCCCGAACGCCGGCGUCGGCUGCCAAGAAAUCCGCGACGACGACGCCUUCGCGUCCGGCGGCGACCGCCCGGACGCCCGCGUCCGCCACCAAAUCGGCCGCGCCGAAAGCUCCGGCGGCGCCGCGCACGUCCACCGCGAAACCUGCAGCUUCGAGUCUGCGCCCCGCCGCCAAGGCGUCCCCGGCGGCGGUCAAGGAGCCGGCGGCCAUAUCCCGGGUCGCCCCCGUCGCCUCCAAAGUAGCCGCGUCACGUCCGGCGCCGAAGGCCGCCGCGCCGCGUCCUGCGUCCGCCGCCGCGGCCAGGCCUGCGCCUAAGCCCGCCGCGGCCGCCCGCCCGCCCGCCGCUCGGCCGACGACCGCGCCCGCGCCCCGCCCCGCACUAGCCAAGCCCAAGCCUGCGGAGACGAAGCCGAAGGUGAUAGAAAAGAAACCGCUGUUAAAUGGCGACUUGAAAGACGACAAGAAGCCGUCGGCGGCCCGCCCCGCCGCUCGGCCUGCUCCGCGCCCCGCCGCCCCCGCGCCCCGCCCGCCGCCGCGUGCGCCCGCUACCGUACCAACGUCUGCGCCUAACAAGUGAGUUUCUCCAUAUCAGUAACGCUAUGUAUUGUAGC